AUGGCCAGAGAGGAGUGCAAGGCGCUGCUGGACGCGCUCAAUAAGACCACAGCGUGCUACCAUCACUUAGUGCUUACUGUGGGCGGCUCCGCGGACACACAGGACCUACGCGAAGAACUGCAGAAGACCCGCCAGAAGGCGCGGGAGCUGGCCAUGGCCACCGGCUCCCGGUUGACCGUCGCACUCCGCGACCGGAGCUUAGCUACCGAGGAGCGCGCGGAGUUUGAGCGUCUCUGGGUGGCCUUUUCGGGCUGCCUGGACCUGCUCGAAGCCGACAUGCAGCGCGCACUGGCGCUGGGAGCCGCCUUCCCGCUGCACGCGCCGCGCCGGCCACUUGUUCGCACUGGGGUGGCCGGCGGCUCCUCUGCUGUAGCCGCGCGCGCCCUGAGCGCCCGCAGCCUGCGGCACGAAGCCGAGAGCGACUUCGACGUCGCCGAUCUGCCCCAGUUGGAGCGCGAAGUCCUCCAGGUGGGCGAGAUGAUCGACAACAUGGAAAUGAAAGUCAACGUGCCCCGCUGGACUGUACAGGCGCGACAAUCGGCGGGCGCCGAACUCCUGUCCGGUGCCAGUGCCGGAGCGUCCUCCGCGGGUGGCAUUUCUGUAGAGGAGCGCGCGGGACCCUGCGACCCCAGCAGGGCCCUGGCUGCCACCGUUUUCAGCGCCGUGCUGCUGGUGGCUGUGGCCCUCGCCUUAUGUGUGGCAAAGCUGAGCUGA